GGAACACAUCCCUUUUCAAGUGGCUUUUGCCGGUGUCUGGGUGAAUGUGGCCCUCCAGCCUUCUGGGACCUCGAAAGGCACAGAAUGAUGCCGGUAGUAGGGGGCAGCCCAGCAGGUCGCAGUACAGAGAAGGCUGCGGCUCAGCUAGUCCUGCAGGAGGCGCUGUGGGCACCGCGGGGCGGUCGGGCAUGCGCAGUGCGUCAGCGGGCAGGGGGCAGGCCGCCCGAACCCGGAAGCAGAGUAGCCCACGUGGGAGCCGGGGAGGGGCGGCCUUGGUUAGGCUACCUGGUUGUGGGUAGUCUAAGUCGAGAAUCCAGGCUAUUCGUACUCUGAGGGGGCGAGGUAGAGACGGCCAUCGGGUCUCCUUUGCCAAUGUUGGGGACCCGGAGCGGGCCGCGGCGGGAGUGACCAAUCCUGAUGACGUAGCAGGGGGCAUCGACCAUGGCACUGCUCUGGGCCGUCAGGGGCGCGACCUCGCGGUUUUCGGGUCGCCUGCUCGCGCGUCAUUCCUCUCAAGCGGCGAGGCGUGGGGAGCGGCCCGGCGGGGAGGAGCUGAGCCGCCUGCUACUGGAUGACCUGGCGCCGACCCCGCGAUCUGCGGAGGGACUGGAGCGUCUGUUUGGCCUGUCCCCUUGUCUCCUGGCUCUGCGAGCUGCUCGUCGCCGCGUGGCCAGGCUUCUGCUCCAGGCCGGCAGAUCAGGGUUGCAAGGGGAGCGGGCCGAGCUGCUCCGGGCGGCAGAGGCGCGUAACAUACCAGUUCUGCGGCCCAGACGGCAGAAGCUGGACGCCCUGUGCCGCUACCAGGUCCACCAGGGCGUCUGCAUGGAGGUGAGCCCGCUUCAGCCUCGGCCUUGGACUGAGGUCGGGGAGGCGAGGCCAGGCGACGACCCCCGGCAGCUGUGGCUCGUCCUCGAAGGGCUCCAGGAUCCCCGGAACCUUGGGGGUGUGCUGCGUUCUGCUCAUUUUCUCGGAGUGGAUAAAGUCAUCACCAGCGGGAGAAACAGCUGCCCACUCACCCCAGUAGUCAGCAAGGCCAGCGCGGGUGCUAUGGAGGUGAUGGACCUGUUCUCCACUGAUGACCUGGCCAGUUUUUUACAGGCCAGAGCCCGGGAGGGCUGGCUCGUAGCUGGCACAGUGGGCUGCCUGGGGCCUGAGAUUUCCUCGUUCUCUGAGAUCCCUGUCACUAGCUGCUUGGAGUUCCUCUGGGACCGGCCUACUGUCCUAGUGCUGGGUAAUGAGGGCUCUGGUCUGUCCAAGGAGGUACAGGCCUCCUGCCAGCUUCUCCUUACAAUCCUGCCUGGCCGGCAGCUGCCCUCUGGACUUGACUCCUUGAAUGUCUCCGUGGCUGCAGGAAUUCUUCUUCACUCCAUUUGCAGCCAGAGGAAGGGUUUCUCUGCAGAGAAGAGAGAGCAACUUCUCUAAGACCCAUGGCAGCCUUGCUCUUUGAUCCGUAGUCUCUUCUGGAAGUUUUUGCAGCCACCUCUGGAGAUUCCUGGCUGUGGCCCCCAGAGAGGGCUCUGUCUCUAUACCCUUUCUGCCCCUCUCCUCUCCUCUCCCUUGGCUCCUGAUACCCUGGGGGCUGAUCGAUGGCAGCCGCUGGUUAUCGAUUGGAGUGGGCGUCCAAGUGUGGCUGCUGGAGGCCGGAAUUCUGCCAACACCUUUAGGUCAAAUUGGGCAGGCAGUGACCCAGAGGGCAGGGCUGGAACCAGUGGGAAGUUCAGGGAGACAGCAGCUCAAGCUAACAGAAUUCCAGAGGCUGAAUGGGGUACUUUGGAGGUAGUGAGGUCCCUGUCACUGGAGGAAUAUAAGCACUCAGAUGACCAUUCAGGAUGGGAACUCCAACUGGCAGCCUCAGAGGAGGUGAGUGAAUCUAAAAUGGGAAGUUGGAUGAACGGCUUCUUUGUGGAUGUCUUCAGUAUGCCAGAACUCUCCAAGCGUGAGCGGUUACCAGGAUCUCCAGAAAAGGGCGAGGAGCUGAGCAGGCCCUCAGUAAAUGGGGCUCCCUCCCCGCUGCCUCUCUUCUUCCUUCUAUCCCUCCCCUCCCCCAAAUCUGAAUUUCCUGAGGCUUGCACGGUUGUCCCUGUGGCUGUCAGACUCCUCCACCAGAGGACGAUAGGUGCUGCGGGCACAAGCAAAAUGGACCCCAGUAUAGGCUGCAUCCACAAUGGGCCUGCCUCGCCUGUGCUGUCUCCUGAACUUCAGGGCCGGAAGAUUUGA